AGGCGGUGUAGAAGGCUUUUCGAGUUUCCAUGUCGUGCCAUGGCGAGUGGUCAGAGGGCCUAGGUGCCGGUGCCCCUCCGGGGCUUGACAAGACCUGGCAAACUCGGGUUCACGUCCGCAACACCUUCAUCGAGGUUGAUGAGGAAGAACUUGCGCAUGCAGAGCGUGCGCUCUCUGGUCUAGAUUUACACAAUGCGCCCGGACGCACUUGGCGUCGCGGGCAUUUACGUUGCGCUUCCGAGCCCAUGUCUUUCAAUAUGAGUCUGUCGGUUUCGCCUUUUCCUGCCAUGCAAAGUGGGACUUUGCAGAGCGAUUCUGGCCGAAAUGUCCCCGCAGAGCGAGGCCGGGCAAUCACAGCCCCAAAGUCUCGCUCACAGCCGCACGUUUCCCCGACCAUUCAAGAGUCUUUGGAGGAGUACGACGACCAUGUCAGGAAUUCCAUGUCCCAUCCCGCACAACUUCCGAGAUAUGUGGAUGUGCGACCUGUGGAGCGUUGGCGCGGCGAACCCAUGCUGGUUGAUGUGGGCGCCUCCAGCUCCGGCUUCACAGCAGACGAGGGAUUUCCAUCCCCCGACUGGCGAUCCGCCACGCUCAGCAUGCCAGUGCAGCGCUUCCGGCACGCCAGGCAGAGAUCGCGGACCAUUCAGGAGGAUCAGGAGCUGGACGCGCAGCUGGCCGACGUCGCAGCCGCGCCGGCCUGGGACGUGCAGAAUGUGAACGUGAGGGUUCGCAACACCUUCAUCGAGGUUGAUGAGUCUGGCUCCGACCACUGCGAUCCCACGACCCGAGCCGCAUGGAAACCAGGACACCUGCGAUGUGCCUCAGAGCCGAUUCCAUCUUUUCCAACCCCGAGGGAGCGAAUCAGCGGAUUCCAUUCCAGGACCAGCAGCUAUCAAGAGGAUAGUCUGGAGAUGGAUCUUUUGGCCCAGCCGCUUUGCCAUGACUCGGAGACCCAGAAGUCUGGGACUGAGAUUCCCCUGAUGCCUUCGCAGCACAACAUGUUUGUCGACUCAAAGCUGGCCGAGCACAGAGUCGCACAAACCUUAGCGAUUCUUCCGAACCAGCAGUUUGCCGACCCGCUUUCGAGUACCUCCAAGGGCUCGAGUUUCAUGACACCCAUCAAGACCUCGCCGUGCAAAUGGCACAGCCGCGGGACGUGCAAGUACGGGGACGCCUGCCGCUUCUCCCAUGCCAAGAAGCGCCAGAGCUCCAGUGAGAAGAAGCCCGGACCGCUCCCUGCAGGUCCAGUGCCUGGUCCUCAUCCGAUCCCCGCUGGCGCCGUGGGCACACAGGCUCAGCCUCAGCCAGCUGGGUUGCUGCCAGGACAGAGGCCUGCAUCGUCUUCACAUCCCCGGUGCCGCAGUGCCAGCCCAGUGAGCACCACAGCAGGCAGCAGUGGAGAGGCUGAGCCCGGGGAGACCGCUCAGAGCUCCCAACGUCCGUCGAACCUCGACAAGUCGCACCAGGUCUUCUGGUGUGACUCACGAGCGUUCAAGCACGAGUUCCAGGGGCUACGCGACGAGCUCGAGUCGGGCAUUGGCAUGACUGCGAAGUCGCAUAAGACGGCUGAGAAGUGCAUCAGACUGCUGAAAAAGAAGCAGCGGGUGAGAGCUGAAAGGGGCAGGAGCCUUCAGAAGGCCCGGCCGCUGGUCUUCCUGGUCUCCUGGGCCAACGCCCAGGAACUGGUUAAGUUUUUGCAGGAAGCAGUGCACAUGCCGCCCUUAAAGGUGGUGGUGUUGUGCGACACCAACGGCCCAAGAACUAGGGCAGCAGCCGAGAGGUGGGCGAAGGAUGUCAUGGUGAUCGAGUGCGUGGCUGCUACAUGGCCGGAGGCGGUCAAAGCAGUGCAGACCUUGCUGUCAAGCAGCUCCCUUCUCUGAGAGAGUGUUCCUCGAAUUCGUAAAGGCGGCCAGACAGGUGAACUUAUGUUUCAUGGGCGAAUUUGCUGUUUGAUAGCCUACAUCUACUUGCCCUCCUUCCAACAAUUGCCC